AUGAAGGAUGAGGACAGGCUGCACAAUAAUGCUGUGGCCUGGCUGGCUUGCGCCGGGGUCUCGCUGCUGGCCAACGCGUGGGGCAUCCUGAGUGUCAGCGCCAAGCAGAAAAAAUGGAAGCCCCUGGAGUUCCUCCUGUGCACGCUGGCCGGCACCCACAUGCUCAACAUCGCCAUCCCCAUCACGAUGUAUGCGGUGGUGCAGCUCCGGCGUCAGCAUUCUGACUACGAGUGGAACGAGGGUCUCUGCAAGGUCUUUGUGUCCACCUUCUACACUCUCACUCUGGUCACCUGCUUCUCAGUCACCUCUCUGUCCUACCAUCGCAUGUGGAUGGUCCGAUGGCCAGUCAACUACCGGCUGAGCAACACCAAGAAGCAGGCGGUGCACACGGUGAUGGGCAUAUGGAUGGUGUCUUUCAUCCUGUCCACCCUCCCUGCUGUGGGCUGGCACGACACCACCGAACGCUUCUACGCCCACGACUGCCGCUUCAUCGUCACCGAGAUCGGGCUGGGCUUCGGCGUGUGCUUCUUGCUACUCAUAGGAGGCAGCGUGGCCAUGGGAGUGGUCUGCACCGCCAUCACGCUCUUCCAGACCCUCUCCCUCCAGACCGGCCACAACCUGGACCGCAACAAGUUCAAUGUGCCAACCAUCGUGGUGGAGGACGCCCAGGGCAAGCGCCGCUCUUCCAUCGAUGGUUCUGAGCCCAUCAAGACCUCCCUGCAGAUCACGUACCUGGUGGCCGGCAUUGUCUUCAUUUAUGACUGCCUCAUGGGCUUCCCGGUGCUGGUGGUGAGCUUCACCAGCCUCAAGUCAGACACCUCCUACACCUGGAUGGCUCUGUGCAUGCUGUGGUGCUCAGUGGUCCAGUCCCUCCUCCUGCCCCUCUUCCUGUGGGCCUGCGACCGCUACCGGGCUGACAUCAAGGCCGUCUGGGAAAAGUGUGUGGCCCUCAUGUCCAAUGAUGAAACAGAUGAAGAAGAUGUUCCUCCCACCAGGCGGUACUCCCAUGAUGAGACAGACAUGUGGCCCACAGUGCCCUUGCCUGCUUAUCUGCAUCGCUGGGGCUCAAGUGAAGAUAUGGCCACUCUGGCCCAGCUGGUGUUGCCCUCCCCAUCUGACCGUCGUCGAGGCAGCCUGUUGGCCUUUCCAGAAGAAGUCGCCCCUUACCGCAAGCGCCGGCGGUCAGCAGAGAGUCUCCUGUCCCUGCGCCACUUCCCCCGGGACGAGAUCUGUGGCCAGGACCUGGCCUGCUUUAGCCGGGAGGAGGUGGUGAGCUUCAUCGAUGAGUCCCCUCUGGCCAGCCCUCUCCGCAGCCCAGCCCGCUCUGCAUCUGCCUCUGUGCUUCCUGACACCUUUGGCUGUCCUUCCCCCCGCUUCACCUUGACAGACUUUGAAAAGGAGCCACAGGCCUUGCGCCGGUUCUCUGGCCAGGGUCGGGGCUGCCUCUUGGCGCUGCCAGGACCCUUCCAGGCCAGGGACCACCAAUCCCCAGGCUUCUUCCCUGUGGGCAGCAGACAUCACCAAGGUUCUAUCCACAUUGAGCUUUGCGAGGCCCCUGCAUGUGAAGAGCGCCCCCCUUCCCCAGGCACCCACCGGACUGGCUUGGACGCAGACUCCGCAAGGUUUCGGACAAAUUUGAGUGCUUCCUGGGGGGACUCUGAGAGCUUGCGGCCAGUGGGGGGCAAAGGCAGCAACAGCAGCUUCCUGAGCUCUCCCUCCGAGUCCUCGGGGUACAUUACCUUACACUCUGACUCCUUGGGCUCAGCCUCCUAG